AUGAAGGGCCUGGUGCUCACUCUGCUUGGUCUGGUUCUAAUAGCCAAAGCCAGGAAAAAUUUCCACACUGGCAAUGUUCCUGUGAAAUUUGAUAACUUCUCACUGGAAGAGAACAUUGACGACUCAAGCGAGCAUCGAAUCCGAGACAACAUUACACAACAUGCACGAGAAGUUGUUGCCACGGAGGAACCGACGCACGAAAUUGCGCAAAAGGAAAAAGAAGAGCUGGAACUGGCGCGGACAAUUGAAUGGGAACAAAGGAAAAUCCAAGAACUUAGGGAAGAACGAGAGCGAGUGAAGCAGCAAAAGAAAGAAGAAAUCGAGAGGAUCAUGAAGGAACAAGCGAUAGAGCAAGCCAGAAUUGAGGCAGCUCGAGCGCAAAGAAAGCGAAUGCGAGUGCUGGAAGAGCAGAGGAGGAAGUUGAUCGAGGCAAAAAGAGAAAGAGAAAGACAAGAGAAAAUGCUGGCCGAAUUGGAAUUACAGAAGCAGGAAGAGAUUCGUAAGCUAGAGGAGGAAAAGGAAAGACAAAGGCAGAAGUUGGAGGAGGAGAGGAAGCGAUUGGCAGAAGAGGAGCAGCAAAGGAAGAAACUGGAAGAAGAGCAGCGGAAACGAGAGGAAGGAGAGGAACGAAAGAAAUGGCUAGAGGAGGAACGGCUGAGAGUUGCUCGAGAACAAGAAGAGGAGCGAAGAAGGAUAGAACAGCAACAAGAAGAACAGAGAAAGAAGCAUGAAGAAGAGGAACGAAAGCGAAGAGAAGAGGAAGAGGAAGAACGGAGAAGACAGGAAGAAGAAGAAGAGGAAAGGAAGAUGAAGGAAUUGGAGGAGAAACGAAGACAAAGAAGGAUUGAAGAAGAGUCAAGGAAAAGAGCCGAAGAAGCCAAACGUCACGAACAGAAAAGGGAACACCUAAAAGCCGAGCUUAAGGAAGAAAACCACGAAAACUCGUAUAAGCGUUCGUCCACCCGACGGGUUCCAAAAGAGCUUGAGUACAAAAUUGCCAAACGUCAUCAAGAACUUCUGGAUAGAUUUGGUUCAAAGGCGCAAGCACCGAAAUCAAAAAGUCGGAAGCAUACUCGAAAAGGAGUUGUAAAUGAAGGAAGUGCUGGUCCCCAGGAGGAGUUUGACAGAGGUUAUGGCUCCUCCUCCUUCUACACGGAAAAUGAUUUCGAUGGAGGGAAUAGCAUUGAACAGCAGAAUUCUGAGCAAGAAAAGAGUCAAUCUGUAGAUAUCGACUUUAGCGCGGAUCAACCGGCCAAAAGAAGAAGAAAAUUGAAGAAACGAAAACCUCGCCGAAGAGUGCACGGAAUCAAAUCAGUGAGUGUUAUGACAGAAAAACGAAUCAGAGGAAACAAGUCUAUGGAGAAGGAUAGCGCAGCUUCCACGUUCCUUGGUGGCUGGACAGAUUCUAUAGAAACAGACAAGCAUGAUUUCCAAAUUUCUCCUACUACCACAUCGAUGCCAAAAACGUUAGCCGUAGUCGUUCAACCCAUUCUCAAACAAGGAUCAAGCAGAGAAGAGUCAUCUUACCCAGCUCAAAACAUACUGCCAAAUCCUCAACAGAUUCCAAACUAUCAGGAUCAAGAGCAGUAUCUGAAAGCGUACUAUGAACAAUAUUAUAAGGAGUGGUAUAGGCAGCACAACGAAGCGAACAAAGAAGCGGAGUCGUCAUUGAGUGAAUUGUCAUCAAGCCCUAUGCCCAGGCGUCAAAUAAAGUUUCAAUUCGGAAAGAGCGGAGAUUUUACAGAGAAUACGCCUCAAACAUCAGAGACGUAUCCACAUCCACAACAGCAAUCAUCAUUUGGACCACUUGGGUCUGUACAGCAACCCACGUAUGUGGCACCUCAAAUCGAAGCAGCGCCGGAAACUACUACUUCAUCACCACCCCUGACACGAGUACAGCUGGACAAAAUCUGCGCUGAUAUCCAAAAGACUACACAGAGUUUUGGAAUCAAGGAUCCAAAGACCUUCGCUCUCAACAACUGUUCAUUGAUCAAAAUGUAUUAUAAACAAGUUACUUGUGAGCAAAUCAAUAACGUAAUGGACUAUUGCGAACGAGAUUAUGGAGAAGAGGAUGAGGUCUCAUUGGCUCGUCGAAAAUGCAGGAAAAUGAUACACGAAAGUUCUGAUGAAGGACCUGCAAUUCAUCGAGGCCUCGAAAAGGUGGAGAAAACAAGGCUUCUGAACACUCUCCGCCCAUAUCUGCAAACGUUCCCAACUUUUUUGAUGGUGCAGAACCCCUACCGCAUACAAGCAACAUAUCUCAGAAGAUAUCGGCAAAAUUCUGUUCGAAGGGCAAGUGUCCCUAUAUCUCACAUUUCUCAAGAAGUAUUUGAUCUUCUGGUGAUCAAGAAUUCUUGA